AUGUCGGUUCCAACAAACUUGGUCGGGUGGGGCCCACCGCGGGACCAGUCGACCCACGUCAGCAUCCGGUUGGCGUUCGCGCUCCUUGGUGACGAAUGUCGGGAGGUAGUGCUCGUCCGAGUAGCACGCGGGCUUGCACCAAUCGCGGAAAAGCGACAAGUAGAGAGAGUCCGAGACGACCUCGAGCGCCAGCUCGCGGCUCAUCUCGAACCACUGCGAGUCCUUGCGCCAUGCGGCGGUCGUAACGGCCUCGGCCAACCGGGCCGUCGAGAUCGUACGACUCAACGAAAGAGGUCGCGGAGCCGACGAGAUAAUCGUAGACGAGAGGCCUCGGACAGCAGGACGAACCUCUGGUUGAACGAGUCGAGGAGAGCGUUUGCCAAUAGGCGGCGCUCGGCUUCCACCAUAUUGAAUUCCCCCCACUUCACCUCCUUGCUCAGGAAAACGGAAUCUGGCGGGAAAGUUUGUUUGUGGGUGGAAUUGAGUAGAGGCCCCGGUGCUGGUGCUGGUGCUGGUGCUGGUUGUAACAUCUGCCAGAGAGGGGCCAUGGGAAGGUCCCUUUUGGCGAGAAACAUGAAGGCCACUUUAAGGAUGCGCUUGAAGGGGUACUCGACUACUUUGGGCUUAAAAGAGGCCCUCCAUAGAAGCUCCGGGUCAGUCAUGUCGUGCAUGCACUCGGCUGGAGGGUUCAGGCUACCUGGAGCCUGCUGCUAUUCUUCAGGAUACACUAAUUUCAAGUUUGUAACAGUGGACGAGAAAUGGUGA